CCCCGAGCGGCGGAAUUCCGGACUUUUCCAAAUCCUUUGCGGUGGCACCAGCCCUUCGUUCCUAAUCCAGAGAAAGACCUGGUAAUGUUGGCAGAAUCAGCUGGGGGUCACCCUCCCCAAGGAGAAAAGCAGAUUGUUUUCCCCUUAGCCAGGUCCAGGUGGGCGAGAAAAGAGGGAGGAGCACAACCUCCUUCCAUCUCGACCAUAACAGUGUCCAGAGCUGUGUCCUGGGCCACUCCUCCCUCCCCCCUGCCCAGGAUCUGCCAAAGCGACUGUCCCCAAAACUAUUACGACAUUUUGGGAAGUUUAGGCCCUUGUCUCCUCCCACAGGGCACAUAAAAACAAGGCACUUGUCGGGUCCACCUCACUCGUCGGACAGGACCUGCUGCAUUGUCCCACACGUAGUCCGAAGAAGGCACACCUGAGUCUGACGGUCCGUCGCACCAGCUCUUGUUAUCAUCACCCGAGAUCGACCCUCUCUACCUGACCCCAAAAGGACUAUCCAGGUCAGCAAGGAGGUCACUCGCUGGCACCUCCGUCUUUUCAAGUCAGCUAGCCCAGACAAGAAGUCCCAAUUCUUUCAUUCAUGCUCAGUCAGAAAGAAAAAACGUGGACACGUUCUCCCAGAAUGGACAGCUACUUCUGGAAGAUCUUUUUGGUGCUGCUCAUCAUUGGUUUGUGCCUUUUGCAAGAUGUUCACAAUACAACUGUGAUUCCAUCAUGUAUCCCAGGAGAAUCAGAUGAUAACUGCACCGCUUUAGUCCAAAUUGAAAAUAAUCCUCGGGUGGCCCAAGUGGCAAUCAUGAAUUGUGGAGAAAACAUGCAGGGCUACUGUUUACAUGGACAAUGCAUCUAUCUGGUGGACAUGAAGCAAGACUACUGUAGGUGUGAUGUGGGCUACACUGGUGUUCGAUGUGAGCACUUUUUGCUAACUGUCCAAAAACCCUUGAGCAAAGAAUAUGUGGUACUUACUGUCAUCCUUGUUAUUCUGUUCCUGAUCAUCAUAGCAGGAUCCAUGUAUUACUUCCUCAGGUGGUAUAAAAACAGAAAAAAUAAAGAAUCAAAUAAGGAAUAUGAAAGAGUAACUUUGAAUGACGAAAAGAACUCAACACUGCUACAAGUCUGAAAGAAGAAGCAAAUGGCACAUGCCCUACAAUUUGCCUGGUGACAAUCUCUUGGUGUUAAUAGUGUUGUUUUAUUAAUAAUAUUUAUGUUCAAAACAAAAAAAGGUCAAACCAUGUAUUUUUAUUUUAAAAGAAAUCCUUGGAGAAGAUUUAUUUUUAUUUUUUAUUUUAUUAUUUUUGUAUGAUGGAAUAUUUACUAGCGUAUAAAGUGCAUACAGUAUUUUAUACAUAAAAUCAAUUUUUAUAAGAAAUUCAAAAUCCUGGGCUAAGUGUUUUAUUGAAGCAACAAAGCUUUUUAAGUCUUUGUACAGAAAUCUGAUCCAAGACUAUCUCCUAGAAUGUGUCCAGGAUGCUCAAGUAAAUGUUAACUAAUGACAGCAAAGCAAGUCUUACUACUAUGCUGAGCCCAUUGGUUGGAAAAUGUCAUGAAAAUUGGCGUCAAAGGAAGGGGAUCAGAAGAUGAAGAUAUAAUUUUCUCUGGAGUCUUGUAUCAAUCAAAAAGAUAAAAAAUGUAAAAUAUGGACAAUGGGAAUAGUCUGAACAAAGAUUUUGGGUUUUUUUUCCCCCCACUCUCCAGCAAGAAUGUUCAUUUACUUCAAGUGGCAGUACACAGUGUUCUGUUUUAUGGCUUAAUUACCAUAUAAACUCAAUGAUCAAAUAUACAGUUAAGUCUCAAUUAGUAUGAAUAAUGAAUCCUGGUAUCCAAAUAUUCAUAAAUCAUAGUUAUAAUUAUAUAAAAUAUGGUCAGUGGUGCACAGCCUAUGCAGUGCAAACUUGAAUAAUGCAACCACUUCAGGAGAUUAAUUAUUUAUAGUAAUUUGAACCUAGUGGUAUAUUCCUCAUGAACAUUUAAAAAAAAAAGUUGGCUAUAAUUUUCAUUUUUGGUAUCCUUUGUAUUGAGUGACACCUUAGAGUCUCAUUAGUUUUCUUCAUUUUAUACUUGAAUAUUCUAAAAGGUUUGAGUUUUCUUCACUGUGAUUUUUCUCUACCAAAAAAGCAUUAUAGUUUGCUCUUUCAGAAACAGUUUCCAUGAGUUUCCGUGAGAGACCAAACUUUGAGUAAGGAGCCUCUUCAAACUUAACUAGAUAGUUGAUUGAUCACUCAAUCAGUAUUUAUUAAAUCUGCACGAAGCUUAUGCUAUUUCUGGUCUGGUGUUCAGAGGUCUUUCUAGCUUUUAGGAUAAGCUACUUUGUUGCCCUAGCCUAACAGAACCCAGGUUGAACUUCCAUACUACAAUGAAAUAUUGGAAUGAAGCUUUAGUAGCAGUCCUAUUUGUAUAGUAUUUGUUGAGAAAAGUUGAUGGAUGAUUAUUAACGUCUGUUGUUGUUGUAUCAUUGUUGUUGUUGUGUUGUUUAAUUAUCACAUGAAAGUCCCUAAAAAUGAGAGUAUAUUUCAUGCUUCUUUCUCCAACAUUUAUUUCCAUAAAAUCUUUAAAAAACUAGAUCCUAGUUAAAAUGUGGGCAUACUUGUAUACCUACAAGCACAUGCAAAUGCACACACACACACACACACACACACAUGCAUACACAUACAGAAAAGCUUUGAUGGUAGAAUCUUAUGUUUUAAUGUGUAAUACUGUUAAACAGUUGGUUUCAUAGUAGACAGAAACAGUGCAAGAUGAAAGUCAGCGUGGAAUUAUUUCCCUCCAGCAGUGAGCUACAGUUACCAUGAGAUCACUUAAUGGAUGUGUGUAUAUAUAUAUCUUUAGUUUUCUAAUCUGCAAAGUGAAUGCUAUCCUCUACUCUUUUGUACAGCAACAUAGAAUUCCUAAAGGUUGGGCAUUCCAAGAUGUCAGUGGAGCUGGGAUGUCAUCAGCUUCCAAAUGUCCUCCAAACAUGCAAAAACAAUCCAUCCUGUGCAUUUCUUGUCUUUUCUCCCUUAAAAUCUGCCCCUGGGAAUGCACUUGAUGUGGACCAAAAA